CUCACAGCGCUCAGUAACCCGACACCAGAGCCCCGCUCACAGCCCGAGCAUGGAGCCCCCGAUACACUCUCACACCACAUAGACACACACACACACACACACACACACACACACACAGAUACACAGAGAGAUUGGAGAAAGAGGAACAACUACACAGAGAGAAAGAGAGAGCUGGAGAGAGAGAGUAAGAGUGAGACAGAGUGAGAGUGAGACAGGGGGAGAGAGUUUGUUCGCUCGCUUGGUGGUGGUGGUGUUUUUUCCCCGGUUCCGCUGGACCCUGUGCUGGGAGCGCUGGUGUGAAUGCUGGGCCCCGGCCGGUCCCCCCGCGCUGCUGAUGGCUGAGAGCCGCUGUGUGCGCUUCCAUGUGGUGAGAGGAUGAAGAGCCUGGGCAGCAGCUGCAGCUCCAGAGCGGCCGCGGAGACCCCCGAGGCGAGCCGGGAGCGCAGGGCCGGCAGAGGCGCGCUGUGGUCGGCGUGGCCGCGCUGCGCCCCGCGGGACCUGGCGUUCUGCAUGGCCGCGCUGCUGCUCUUCUGCCUCGGCUCGCUCUUCAUCCAGCUCAACGGGGGACCCCCCAAAGUCCUGCUGGAGCUCCGCAACUACCUAGGAGAGUCAACGUAUUUGGAUGACCAUGGUCCCCCUGCUCCAAAGGUGCUGCCAUUUCCCAGUCAGGUCAUCUAUAAUCGAGUGGGGAAGUGUGGCAGUCGUACUGUGGUGCUCCUCCUCAGAAUCUUGGCUGAGAGACACCAGUUUAACCUGGUCUCCUCCGACAUCCAUAACAAAACCAGACUCACCAAGCAUGAGCAGGUGGAGUUGAUGAGAAAUAUUAGCACCAUACCACAGCCCUUCCUCUACACUAGACAUGUUCACUUCCUCAACUUCACGAGGUUUAGGAUAGAGCAGCCCGUCUACAUAAACAUCAUCAGGGAUCCUAUUAACCGUUUCCUUUCUAACUACUUUUUCCGGCGUUUCGGGGACUGGAGGGGUGAACAGAACCACUUGAUUCGGACGCCCCGCAUGAAGGACGACGAGAGAUACCUGGACAUUAAUGUGUGUAUCCUGGAAAACUACCCAGAGUGUUCAAAUCCACGACUUUUCUACAUAGUGCCAUACUUCUGUGGUCAGCAUCCUCAGUGCAGGGAGCCAGGUGUAUGGGCGCUGGAGAGAGCCAAACAGAAUGUUCUGGAGAACUUCCUCCUGGUGGGGAUUCUGGAGGAGCUGGAAGAUGUGCUGCUCCUUCUGGAGAGACUGCUACCUCACUACUUCAGCGACGUGCUGACCAUCUACAAGAGCCCAGCUUUCUGGAAGGUAGGGAACCUGACGGGCACAGUGAAGAAGAGCAUGCCCACGCUGGAGGCCCUGCAAGUGCUCUACCGCCGCAUGAAGUACGAGUACGACUUCUACAACUUUGUGCGGGAUCAGUUUCACCUCGUCAAGAAGAAGAUUGGCCUCAAGUCGUUACUCCCAAUCUCGUCUCAUGAGCCAAGCUUUCUGCGUGAGCUCACCCUCCAUACCCCGGACCCGCUGGAGGAGGAGGAGGAAGAGGUGGAGGAGGUAGAGGAUGAUGCCAAAAACUGGUUGGUCCAGCCUUGAACAUUGCUCUGGACAACUGGUGCAGACGCCGUCUAGCAGUCGAGACAAGGAGAUAGCAUUCCCAAGAGCUCUUUGGGUGUGUGUGUGUGUAAAUGUAACCAUGUGAUACCCGUGUUUUUAACGGGGUGGCCCUGCAGGACAGUCUGCUCCUCUAGCUGUGGAAAUGGGCCGGAAUAGAUAUAUUUAAAGAGACACAUGACAAAUUUCAAAUGGUUUUAUCUUGGUUGAUGUUCAUAAAGAAAUGACUUUCAAUCA